AUGGACGAUGAUCAGCAAACAAAAUUAGUAACAACACUUUUGAGGUUUAUAACCGAUCGAUUGUAUGACUUUGAUUGUUUGGCAACACUGGUACCUUGCUUAUUUGUGUGUUUCAAUCGAUGGUUUAGCCUCAUAUCGACCGAGCAAUGCACACACAUUGUUCUUCAAUUUUUCGAGAAUGUUAAUGUUCAAUCCAUGGCAAGUACAUCAGGUGUACAGAGCGCAACAAAAACACGAGGCAUGUGUUUUGAAUGGUUCAAUCUGCUGAUUGACAAAUUUCCAUCCAUUGUCAAGUCUGUGAAUUUUUUGAAUGGUUUUAUUCAAUCGAUUGAAGGAGAACGAGAUCCUGCAAAUCUCAUGACUUGUUUUGAUAUGGUUCCUCGAAUUAUUGAACUAUUCGACAUUCAUUCUGAGAACACUGAAAAAAUUUUGACAGGCAUUUCUGAUGAUUUAUUUGAUGUCACCAGUUGUUAUUUCCCAAUUACAUACACUCCUCCUCCAAAUGAUACAAGAGGUAUCACUAAAAACGAUAUUUCAAACAAGCUUUUGAAAUGCUUUGCAUGCAACAAGUACUUUGCUCCAAGCCUAUUUCCAUUUCUUUUAGAGAAGCUUUCAAGUGAUCUAAUUGAAACCAAACUUGAAGCAUUAGAAUACAUGUGCUAUUGUAUUGAAAGAUAUGGAUCUUCAGUGGUAGAGGAGUAUUUGACUGAAAUUUGGGCAUAUAUUAAGGCGGAGGCUGUGAAAACCAGUUCCAUGGAAGUCAUGAGAAAGUGCUAUGAAUUCAUAACGAGAACAACACGAGUGGUUGUCAUUCCAAACGAUCCUAGUAUUAGACAAUUUGAUGUACCAAAUAUUGAAGCUAUUGCGAGAACUGCCCUCGCUGAGUUACGUUCCAAAGAGUGCAAAUUGGCUGCACAAUAUGCUCGAAUGCUCUAUGCCUGUGGAGUUGCUUCCAGAGAAAUUUCUGUAAUUGUUUUCAAUAGAGUUUUUCCAGAGCUUAUUACCGUUCUUAGCGAAUCAGAGAAUUACGAUAAAAUCUAUGGAACAUUUAUCAUGAUGACGCAAGUAUUGCAAGCGUUGGCAGAGGCAUUCACUGCGUCACACUUGAAUAGCAUUCCACAAAAUAUUAUUCAACAGAUCGGACAAGCACAGACAUUAUUUAUUUCCAUGUACGAAGAGCAAUUCAACAAAGAUGACAAGGAAAUGAUUCUUGUCAUUAUCGAAUUAAUCUCAAGAUUUGCCGUUUUCAGAAUUGAGUCCACACUUUUGAAAGACGUCUAUGUGAACAGAAUUUUAUUGAAAUCAUAUGGAGAGGACAACAAAUCGUUUACACUCUUACAUGCUACAUCUUUAGAUGAAUACAAGGAUCGUUCCAUUAAGGAUAUUUCUUGGAUCUACAAAUAUGCACCAGACAUUAUUCAAAAGAUGUAA